UUGGUAUCCAGGAAGUGGUUGCUGCCGAAAGACAAAGGUCGAGGCCGCGCUGUAAGAGUUUGGGAGAAAAAAGGUUCAGGGCAGCCGCGAAAGUGUUGCAGCCCGAACGUUGCGACGAAUGGCAGAUAUCGCCAGAGAUACCACUGAAGUUGACUAUCCAACAAUUUUUCAAAGUUUUGAUCAAAUGGAUCCAAGUCUUGAAUACAACAUGAAGCACCGCAGGCGAGGGAUUGCCCUAAUCUUCAAUCAUGAGCACUUCUACUGGUAUCUGGGAUUGCCCAGUAGAGGAGGCACUAAUGCUGACAAAAUGAAUCUGGAAAGAAGGUUACGAGAUCUGGGUUUUGACGUGUCUGCCUACGACAACCUCAAGUCAACAGAAAUCUUGGAGAUAAUUCACAAAGUGGCUACUUCAGAUCAUUCUGAUGCAGAUUGCUUUUUGUGCAUCUUCCUCAGUCAUGGGGAGAAUGAUCAUAUUUUCGCUUAUGAUGCAAAGAUAAAUCUACAAGAAUUAGUUGCCCGUUUUAGAGGAGACAAAUGUUCUUCUCUAGUUGGAAAACCUAAAAUAUUCAUAAUUCAGGCAUGUCGAGGAGACAAGCAUGAUGAUCCAGUGAUGCCCAAAGAUGAGGUGGAUUCGAUGCGCAAAAGUCCAGCAAAAAAUGAAGUGGUUGUUGACGCAGGAACCAUGCCCACACUACCAGCUGGUGCAGAUUUUAUAAUGUGCUAUUCAGUAGCUGAAGGAUUCUACUCCCAUCGUGAAACUAUAAAUGGUUCCUGGUACAUUCAAGAUCUCUGCAAGGUAUUCGAGACCUAUGGCUCUCAGCUCGAGUUCACAGAGCUUCUGACGCUGGUGAAUAGGAAGGUGUCAGAGCGAAGUGUGCAUAACUGCACUGAUCGUACUGCAAUAGGGAAGAAACAAAUCCCCUGCUUUGCCUCUAUGCUUACAAAGAAACUGUAUUUUAAACCAAAGACUUCAUAGCAAUUCAUAAUUUGUUUCCUUAGCUGACUGGUUUAUUGGGACAAAUGAGGACAUUUUAAUCAUGUGACUAUUAAAAUCUGAGCUUUUGUAGAAUUCAAAAAAAAUUAUAUUUAAAGGACUAAAGUGCAACUGUAAACAUAAAGCAAUGAACAGCAAAACUGACAGUCAAAUAAUACAUUUUUGGUUAUAAUAAAUGCUCUAUUGUACAACUAUAAAAUAUGAUUUACAUAAAUGGUUAAACAAAGGCUGUCUUCCUCUUCUAUCCAGUCAUAGGAUAGGUAACAGUUAGAAUUAUGUCCAGCUUUAAAAAUAAUUACAUGGUUCUACCUUUUUGAUUAAACUUGGGUGCAGUGUGUUGCACAAAUAGACAUCUGUUCAAUUUUACCAGAAGUCUUCUAUACUUCUGAAGGGCAAUUAAAUAAUAGCUUUUGAUAUGAUCAUGUAGCAAUCACAUCUUCACAUAUUAAGUAAAUUUUGGAAAUGAACCAAGGCUUUUUUUUAAAUUAAGAAAAGGUAUUUUUCUACCCAUUGUUUUUUUUUAAUCUUUUUUUUAGAUCUGGUGCUUAUUCUUCUAUUUUCUUCUCUCCAACAUUCUUGAAUGAAGCACUAAUCAACUAAUUUGGUCAUGUAUGUGGCUUUUUCUUGGUGUGAGCUUUGUGUAUAAAUAUGCUGGUUGGGAAAAUUCUGUCACAGGAUCUCAGGCAACCUAUUUGUCCCAAAUCCCUUUUUCCUCUCUUAGGUUCCUAGUAGGCAUUUGUGAGAAAGCUAGUGCCUUGAAAUCUAUUUCAUGGAAAGUUAACCUUGAUGGAAUAUGGAUGUGAAAUUAGCUGUGUAUUUGUUUUCUUGUAGGUCAGACACAAUGUGAAUUUUAUAUAAUCUUGAACAAUUCAAAUAAAUGGUGAAUUUGAUACUC